AUGGCUUCUUCACUCACCAGGAAUUGCUCUCGUUUCUCUAAAGCCAUCUCCGUCCGUUUCAUGAGUAACCUACCGGAAAACACCGUAUACGGAGGACCAAAGCCGCAGAACCCAAAUCAGAGAGUGACGUUAACGCAUCUCAGACAAAAACAUCGGAAAGGAGAGCCGAUCACUGUCGUAACUGCUUACGAUUACCCAUCCGCUGUUCAUUUGGACACAGCUGGAAUCGAUGUUUGUCUUGUUGGUGAUUCAGCUUCCAUGGUUGUUCAUGGUCACGACACAACCCUUCCUAUCUCCUUAGAUGAGAUGCUUGUUCAUUGUCGUGCCGUUGCUCGUGGCGCAAAAAGGCCUCUGCUUGUUGGUGAUUUGCCAUUUGGUACCUACGAGUCGAGCAUUAGUCAGGCGGUUGAUACUGCGGUUAGAGUUUUAAAGGAAGGAGGAAUCGAUGCGAUUAAGCUCGAAGGAGGAUCAGCUUCUAGGAUCACUGCUGCAAAAGCCAUUGUUGAAGCAGGAAUUGCGGUUAUCGGCCAUGUGGGUCUAACUCCUCAGGCAAUAAGCGUUCUUGGUGGUUUCAGACCACAAGGCAGAAACAUAGCUAGUGCUGUUAAGGUUGUUGAGACCGCCAUGGCUUUACAAGAAGCUGGAUGUUUUUCAGUUGUUUUGGAAUGCGUUCCGCCUCCUGUAGCUGCUGCUACUACCUCUGCACUCAAUAUUCCAACCAUUGGCAUUGGAGCUGGACCUUUCUGCAGUGGACAGGUGUUAGUUUACCAUGAUCUUCUCGGUAUGAUGCAACAUCCACAUCAUGCUAAGGUCACUCCAAAGUUUUGCAAGCAGUAUGCUAAAGUAGGAGAAGUGAUCAACAAAGCCUUACUGGAUUACAAAGAAGAAGUCUCUAAAAACUUGUUUCCAGGUCCUUCUCAUAGUCCUUACAAGAUCACGACAAGCGAGCUCGACGGGUUUUUAACCGAGUUGCAGAAGCUUGGCUUCGACAAGGCCGCUUCAGCCGCAGCUUCAGCAGCUGAGAAGAUGGAGCCUUCAGAUUCACCAUCUCCUCACUGA